AUGCAGUUUGUCAGAGUUGCGAUCCCAGAGCUUGCUCGGGGGAUAUCGAACAGCCUCCUGCUCUGGGCACAGACUCCGCCGCCCUGCCCCGUGCGCCAGCCUGUGGUGCACUGUGACUGCCCGGCCGUGGAGCCGACGCAGUUCAAGGAGGUCUUCCACGAGAGGGCGAACCCCGUGGAGCAGACGGGCUUGGUGCUGGCCACCUUCCUCACUGGCUUGGUCGCCGGACACCAGCUCGCGAGAGGCGGGCUCCUCGGUUGCCAGCGUCGGGCGCCGGCGUUGAUCCGCAAGCGGGUGCUGCCGGGGGAGUUCUUCGCCAUGAGGUACAACGUCGGCGGUCGUGAGUUGUGGCGCACCCGUAUCUGCUGCGGCACGCCCCCUAACUAUCUCGUUGGCGUGACGAGCGUGACGCCCGAUCUGGACGAGUACGAGGAGGACCUCAUCAUUGGUGCUGACGUUCUCGAUUGGUGCGCUAUUGCUGGUCCGAACGGCGCGGUGCCUCAGGCCGGCCCGAAUGCUGCGUACUACCGGUUCAGGGCGAUCCCCACGGUCGCUCAGCUGACCUCGGUCCGCCAGACGCGGGGGGGGGCGGGGCUGCCGGACCUCCAGCCGCUGCUCCUGCGGGAGCUGCUCCGGGGGCGGCCCCUGGUGGGGUCGAUGGUGUCCCUGGUCCGGGUCCCGGGGCCCUCGUCGCUGGAGCUGCGCCGGCAGCAGCGCUUCCCGCCGCGUCAGUGCCCGCCGCGGCGGGUGGAGCCGCCGCGGCCGGGCCAGCGCCGGCUCCUGGAGGGGGCCUGGCGCGUCUCGCUGCUGCGCUGGGCCCGCCUCCAGCCGCGGCAGCUGGAGGAGCGCUCGGACACGGCCAGUGCAGGAUACGUGGAUAACUUCAUGAUUCUAGGUUCGGACCGCAAGGCAGUGCAGUCCGGGCUGGAUAGUGUGUGCAGACGCUUGGAGUCACUGGGCCUUUCUGUUCAUGAGCUGAGUGCCGCGAGCCAGGAUAUCUCGUUCGUGGGGUUGAGCUUCAGUGAGGGGUCCAGGGUGUCCAUCAAGCCUUCUAACUUGUGGCGUCUCAGGUACGGUAUCGAGUUCAUGCACGCAGUCGGUGAGCGACCGCAGAAGCUCUGGCCGCGGGUGCGGCAGGAGCUGUGGACCUUCCGCUCAAUCCUGCCUCUCCUCUUCACACAGAUCAACAUCCUUUGGCACAACGUCAUCGCAGCAUCAGAUGCAUCCCUCUUCGGCAUCGGAGUAUGCACGCGUGUUGUGUCGCCGGAACAGUCUGGCGAGAUAGACGCUUUGCGGGACUCCACGCCGGUCGAGGGCAUCGAGGACCUCCAGCAGUUCCUUGAGGUCUCGGGGCGCCCACGCCAGCGGGCGAAGCCGACCUCGCGAGCCGGGGUGCUGAAGGCGCAGCGAGCUGCCUCCGCCUCGCGUCUCACGGCAGCGCGGGCACCUGUGGGCAACCUCAGCUUGCUGGAGAGCCUGGCCGUUACGCCGGGCACGGAGGUGCUGUACGUGGGCAUAGCGACUCACUUCCUCCAGUACUGUCAGGGGAUGGGAGCGGACUGGCAGAGCGCCGGCGAGCUGGACUCCCUGCUGGUCGCGUUCUUCAACGCGCUCUUCCUGGAGGGAGCGAGCGUGGAGGACGGCUCGAAACUGCUGGCCAGCCUGUCGCACUUCGUCCCAGACCUCUACAAGUCGACAGCGGCGAAGUUGCCGCGGGCCAGCCGCUGUCUAGUCGCCUGGCGCCGGAGGGUCCCGCCGCGCAUGCGACUUCCGUUGCCUCGCGCGGCGGCCCUCGCUCUGGCUGGGUGCCUCCGCCACCUGGGCUUCCCGCGUAUGUGCCUGUGGGUGGUGAUCACGUUCGUGGCGUACCUGAGGCCUCACGAGGCGUUCCUCUUACGCGGGAAGCACCUCGUCGCCCCGAAGGUCGUGGCGGGCCGGCAGUGCAGCUCUUGGGGCCUGCUGCUCCACGACGCAUCGCUGGGGGACCCAGGGGGGACGGGGAUGUUCGACGCCGCGGUGCUCCUGGACAGGUGCGUGUGGCUGCUGCCGUGUCUGGAGGCGCUGAAGCACCAGUCGCUCGAAGACGGCAGCCUGUGGGACCUCUCUCCGGCGGACCUGCAGAGACAGUUCACCAUGCUGGUCAAGAUCCUCGGCCUCGAGGCGCUCUCCCCGCACCUGUACUCGUUGCGCCACGGCGGCGCCAGCGACGACCUCGUGACUGCUGUCAGGACUCAGGAAGAGGUGAAGGUGAGAGGGCGCUGGGCGACCAUCACGAGCCUCAAGAGGUACGGGAAGACAACCCGGCUCCUGCUCGAGAUGGCGAAGGUGCCCGAGGAUGCGUUCGAGCUCGGCCGCGCGGUGGAGGCGAACUUCGCGAGCGUGAUGGCCGAGGGCUUCGACAGCGCGCAGUCGCCGGGGCGUGCCACGCGGGCUGCCGGGGAGUUCCUGGAGCCCGAGGUGCGGCGCUAUCUGCAGCGCGCCUUUCGUGCCUGUGCUGUACCCAGUGCGGAUCCCCUCGGCGUGCACGAUCUGUCUGAGUUUGAGCUCGAGCGCUUGAGGAUUGGCAACGCCACGUUCUUCUUCAGCGUUAUGCUUAUCAGACUUUGUAUUGCUUCCAACAUUCCUGUCUUCCUGGAGAAUCCGAGGACCUCGAUUAUGUGGUGGACUGAGCACAUGAAAGACCUCAUGAGUAGCCCCGUCUUUUUCGAUGCUUGCUGCGAUUUCUGUCAGUAUCACGUCCCCUGGAGAGAGGCAACUAGAAUAGCCGUCUGGCACGGCGGCAGUCCUCCCUCGCUGUGCAAGCGCUGUUCUGGCAAGCACGGAUUUUGCAGUAUGACCAAAAAACGCCACAUAGAGCUCUCUGGUAAUGCGCCGGGAGGGCGCAAAUGGACCAGCAUCGCCACUCCGUACCCUGUCUCGUUUGCCAAUGCUGCCGCUCAAUGCAUGGUCCAAGCUGCUGAGAAUUUGAAAACUCAUAGGCUGAAAUUUAUUUCUAUGGGCCUGUAG